CACCUAUUUCACGUUGGCAAGCAUUGGGCAGAGCAGCGAGCACGGCGCAUGGCGUGGUCAACGGUCAAAGGCUGAAGACGUCUUGCAGCAGCAUACCUACAGACGUUCUUUCGGGUUUAAGCCAAUUACACGUGCAUACAUGUAGUAUCUACAACCAAACAGACAAUACAACCAAGAAGCGUUGCCGCUUGCGACAGAAAUACCGUCGUUGACCAGCGCCUGCAGCGUUUUGCAGCAUCGUAGUGUGAGUUACUGGUUAUACAAUGUCUUCAUUCGGAGGUGGCGGGACUAUGGCGACGUCCUUGCCGACUGAGGUGUUGAGCGUCCUGCCGGUUGAUCCGUUCGCUCAGCUGGAGCUAGCUGCGCGCAUCACCCAGCAUGCACUUGCCAGCAAGGCGCAGCAACUAGAGCAGGAGGGCCAACAGCUACGUGAGAGCCUGGUCCAGAAGCAGAACCACAUAAAGAUGCUGGAGCGGCGGGUGUCAACGUUGGAGCUGGAGCUCCAAGAUAUGGCCGCAAAGAGCAAGCAAGCCGUGGAGGAGGCGCACCGGCUGCAGAGCGAGAAAUCGCUUCUGGCGGAAACGGUGAAGCGGCUGCACAAGGAGGUGGCUCGGCUGGAUGCGUUCAAGAAGAACCUGCUCAACCACCUCAACAGCGAGGACGAGCCGGGCCUGGAGCCCAGUGUGGCGGCUGCGGACGUGGCGGGCGAGCGGCUGGUGUCCGAGGUGCUCAGCAGCAUCAGCAAGCCGCCGCCGCCGCAGAUGGGGGUGGGCGGAGCAUACGGCCUGCGCGGCAUGGCGACGGCAGCGGCGACGCCCGCCUUCCCCAGCACCUCGGGCCGGCCACUGUACGGGGCAUCCACACCGCAGGCGGGCCAGCCGCCCGCUGCAAGCGGGCCGCCGUACGCGGCGAUGACGGGCAUGGGCAUGCCGGCCCAGGCGCCGCCCCCCUCGACCUACGCCACGCCUCACCCGCACGCCCAGUACGGCGCCGCGCCGGGCUCGCCACCCCGCGUCGAUGGGAAAGAGUUUUUCCGGCAAGCCAGGGCACAGCUGUCCUAUGAGCAGUUCAGCCAGUUCCUCCACCAAAUCAAGGAGCUCAAUGCUGGGCGGCAAACGCGCGAGGAAACGCUCCGGCGGGCGAAGGACAUCUUCGGCAUGCACGGGGCUGGACCUGAAAUGUACAUGAUGUUCGAGGCUCUGCUCAGCCGCCAGAGUGGCAACAUGCUCUAACUAACGCGGAGCGGCAAGAGCUUU